AUGACAGGAAGGAGACGUGUGUUGGAAGAAGAAUCAGCUGCUAGGGCAAAUCAAGAUGAUGAUGCAGCUACUUAUUGUUUUACAUGCUUUUUUUCUUCAGAUUUUUGGUUUCAACUUCCCACGUUACGUAAUUCCCACCAAAAUCAAGAUUCGACUGCUACUGCUAGGGCAAAUCAAGAUCCUAAUGCAGAACCAAGUUUGAAACCGAGAAGUGUUCCACCUGCACACUACAUUUUUAAGAUCCAGAACUUCUCUUUGCUUUCCGACGCAAAAGCUGAGUGCUUCCAGUCCGCUGAUUUUGAAGUCGGCGGCUAUAAAUGUGUUGUUUGCCUCGCGCAAGGACCUAUACUCGAGUGGGGGAUUAGUUUGAAUGUGGAAAAUAGAAAAAAAUGGAACUUAUCUCUGUAUCCUCGAGGGAACAAGAAAAAAAAUGGGGAUGGAUACAUAUCUUUGUAUCUUCUGCUCUCCGAAUCCAACCGACUCACUUUCAAUCAAGAGAUUAUUGUUAAUUUCAAGCUGUUUGUUUAUGAUUAUAUUUGUGAUAAUUACUGGACUGUUCAAGAUGCUGAUGAGAAAGUACGGCGGUUUCAUGGAAGUAAAAAAGAAUGGGGAUUUGACAAACUCGUUUCCGUCACUGAUUUCAAAGAUGAAUCCAACGGAUACUUAGUGGACGACUGUUGCAUUUUCGGUGCUGAGAUUUUUGUGAUAGAAAAUGCCAACAAAGGAGAGUGCUUGUCCAUGGUGAAGAAGCCGGCGGCUAACAAUACGUAUACAUGGACUAUUGAAAAGUUUUCGCAAUUGGAUUCAUCACCUAAAACAUCCCAAGCGUUUACCAUUGGUGGCAGCAACUGGAGCAUAGUGGUUUAUCCAAAAGGGGAUCCAAGAGAGAAAGACAGAAGCUUAUCCAUAUUUUUAAAACUAGAGGAUCAUGCAACUUUUGACUAUGGAAAAAAGUUAUAUGCGGAAUACAUGUUACGAGUAAGGAACCAGCUCGUGGGGCAGCAUCGAGAAUGGGAAGCUUCUUGUCAGUACGGAUCUAAUACCAAGUCCUGGGGGUUUUCAAAAUUUAUGUCCCUCGUUGAUCUCAAUGACAAAUUAAAGGGCUUUCUAUUUAACAAUACUUUGAUUGUCGAAGUAGAAUUUCAAGCAAUGACCGUGCGUAAAGGUCUGUCCUGA